CUCUUUUCUCUGUCUCUUUUCUACGAUCCAUCAGCCCAUUUAGUACCUUGGCACACAUGUCAUUACAUCGACUACUUGAAGAAUUAGCUAACAGACUUAUGACAGUACUUGGAAAAGGCACUUUUGUCAAAGUAUGAUAUCCCCAUGCUCUUGGAUGGUUAUGUGGACUCUGUAUCAAUCACAGCCUUCACCUCAAUAUAUAGACCAAUUUAUUUGUUGUGAUAUCAGCACAGCAACCCGGCUUAAGCAUGCCUCAAUCUCAUCCACCAUCACAUCUUGCCGACACCAACUAAAGCAACCCAAUUCUGAGCAUGUCUUAGUGGCCUCCAGAGAUAACACCUCGGCUGCGACCGGCCAACUACAGUGCACAAAAAUGCUUUUAGUCAACUUCCCCACAGUCAAAGGCUCCACGUCGAUCUGGCGGAGGUACGCUUGGAAUAAACUAAGCAGCGGGCAAUGUAUGACGAGUGGCGAGUCUCUCUCACUCUCCUCUCCUUUCUUAUCGCUCCUAUAAUUAUUCCCACAGUCAUUCAUGCCCUAUUCCUGAGACCUCUACUCUCUCAUCAGAUAGGUUCCAAUCAACACUAUCAUCCGUCUGGUUCAUCCUCACCUCAUCUAUCAGAAUGGCACCCCACGCAGACACUGCCACCGAGGAGCAAGAUGAAGAAAGCCAUACCUCGAUAAUAGCACCGCUGGAGCCUGGCCUCUCUGACCAAGCUGCCAAGCAGAAACGAACCCAAUUUCCUUCAAUUCCCAAAUUCGAGGAUCCUUACGAGGAACGAGCUUACUGGAAGGGUCGCCUGGCCGCGGCGUUCCGCAUCUUUGCCAAAUAUGGCUUUGACGAAGGCAUUGCCGGCCACAUCACCUACCGUGAUCCUGUCGAGCCCGACACGUUCUGGGUCAACCCAUUCGGCACAGCCUUUGGCCUCAUGAAAGCCUCGGAUCUCAUCCGCGUCAGCGAAGAGGGCAAAGUGAUCGAGGGCGGAGAAAACCGCCUCCUCAACUCGGCAGCCUUCAUGAUCCAUUCCGCGAUCCACCAGGCCCGCCCCGACGUGAACGCCGCCUGCCACAGCCACACCAUCUACGGCCGGGCCUUCUGCUCCCUGGGGCGCAAGCUCGAGAUCAUCACGCAGGACGCCUGCGCGUUCCACGACGACCACACCGUGUACGAGUCGUUCAACGGCAUAGUCCUCGCGGCGGAGGAAGGGCGCAACAUUGCGCGCUGCAUUGGCGACAAGAAGGCUGCGCUACUGCAGAACCAUGGCCUGCUGACUGUCGGCAGAAAUGUGGACGAGGCCGUGUUCUGGUUCGUGAGCAUGGACAAGUGUUGCCAGACGCAGCUGCUCGCUGAGGCGGCGGCGGGUCCGAGGGGCGAGAAGCCGAUUGUCAUCUCGGAUGAGGAUGCCAGGUACACGUACAAGACGAUUGGGACUCAUUUUGCUGGGUUUUUCAGCGCCAAGCCGCUUUUCGAUGUGAUUCAUAAAGAAACAGGAGGAGAUUACCUCGGGUGAUUGUUUUUACAGGACUCUGUUGACUUCGAAAUCAUGAUCCUGUUACGAGUAUCCAUCCAUCAUUCAUCAUUAUAUCUUACACGGCUCCAAAUCAUUCAUUCU